GUGUGUGUGUGUUUGUAGAUCGUCUUGAUGACUAGUGCAGGACCUAGGACUUCUUGAAUUAUUUGUUGGCGUGGGAGGAGUUUGUUCCGAGCCAGCCGUUGUCGUGUUUGAACUUUCCACUCCUCUCUGCCAUUGGUGAGCGUGGGCUCGAAUCGUCAUGUCGAAGCCUUUCGCGUCAGAAGAUGUCGAUAGCGUUGAUUGCCCCUCGUCCUGGCAGUCCAACAGGUCUUGUGUUGAAAAUGCUUCACAGACUGCUGAUUUACAGUUUGCUGAUGCCGGUGUACAGAGUACAACUACAAAUUCUGUUGAGGUUCAGACUAAUUCCACUGAAACAGAUCAGCCACCUGCCAUUGACGAAUCAAAAUUGGCUGCCUGGUUGAAUAGAAUAACACCCCGAGUUUUGGAAGAACUAGACAAAAAUCAGAAGAGUAGGGUCUUUGAUGAUUAUAAACUUCAAAAUUCAGAAAAUAGCCUUGUCAAGCUACUUUAUACUUUAAGCUUAGAGAAAGAUCAUCCUCAGUUUAAGUUUAUCACAUCAGGUAUCGACUGGAGUUGUACUGGGGGCGUACUGGCUGUUUCGAGAUGUGCCAAAGAGCACGCAAGUUGGUGUGACCACUCAGGAACUGUGUGUCUGUAUCAAAUGAACAGGCCAGAUUCCAAGGUAGAAAAUACUUUUCGGUCACUUGAUGUGAGCUCCUGUGUUACUAGUCUGUGUGCACAUCCAAGUGAUUCCUUUAUCCUUGCUUGUGGAGCAUUUAGUGGAGAAGUCACUGUAUGGAACCUACAACGGGAUGAUGCAACAAUUAUUGGGAAUUUGACUCUACAUAGUGAGGCUGUUGUUCACAUGCAAUGGAUUCAGAACUUUGAUCUGACUAGUAUGAGGCCUGUCUUGGCAUCUGCUUCACGGGAUGGUACAAUUGUUAUCUGGACAGUAAAGUCUACUACCGGGACUUUAAAAGCUACGCAAUGCUUUCUUCUCCAAGGUGAAAUGGAUAAGUUGAACUUGGGCAUUCUUUGUUGCACAUUCAAUCCUUCUGAACCAAGAAUGUUUCUUUGUGGUGUUGAAGGAGGUUCAUUGGCACUUUGCAGGACUGACUCAAAAAGACCCUUACUUGGAAAGAAAAUUAACAGUGAGCUGGAGUAUUUUAAUCCAAUCCUAAAUAUAAUAGAGGGUCAUAAAGGAACUAUCACAGGAGUCUGUUGGGUUCCGGGCAGCAAAAAUCUUUUUGUUAGUUGUGGCACUGAUUCUGUGGUGCAUGUGUAUUCCUUUACAGAGAUGAACAUUAUCAGAAAAAUUCAUCUAUCACAUCCAUUGUGUGGCUUGGAUAUAAGUUUGAGUCAUCCUGACAUUGCUGUAAUCUGGGACUCAUCAGGACACAUUCAUCUCUACAAUAUCCAUUCAUCAAAAAGUCUACCGCCCCUUGAUAUCAACAAUGGUGAUAGACAUUUGCCAUUGUCUGCCCUUCGUAUUCAAACUGCCAGUGCUCAACUUCUUGCUCUGGGUGAUGUGGAGGGAAAGGUGUGUGUUUGGCAGAUCCCUCACUCCAAGUUCAACAACCCCAGUGAGUCAUGAGGCAACAGCACUGAGCACCUGUGAGUAUAAUUUCUCUAUGUUGGUCAGACCUUAAAACUGUAUCAACUGAAAGCCCUGUGCACUUUUCUGCUAGUGAGUCCUAUAUCGUGGUUGUGUAGGAAUUAUUUGCCAGUGAAUAAAAACCACUUUUUAUUUUCUCAUAAAAAUUUA